GUCCGCGUUUCGUUUCUGUGGCGUCGUAAAAAAAAAAACAAACAAAAGGAGGCGGCCCGCCUAGUUACAGAAGAGAUGACGCCUCUGCAAUUCUGAGAGUCCCCAGCAAGCCGGGGCUAGUAUAAAGCGAGGGCGGAACGAACGACUCCUCCCAUCAUGCCAGGGGGCAGCUCCGCGCGUCCCACCCUGGGAGUUAUAGUUCCCUGCCCCUCAGAUCCAGCGGCAUCCUCAGUGUGUGAACUCUGUUACCCAGAAGGCCUCCAGCACCGAAGCUGGAAUUCCUCGGUUACUCGUUCUCUCCGGCAAUUAGCGGAACCUGUUAGCGCUGCCCACAAGGCUCAGCGGGGCUGCGCGAGGUUAGUGGCUAAUCAAGAGGAGCUUCGGUCAACUGCCACCUGGCCCCGGCGACAGGAAGUGCCUGCCAUGCCUCACAUCGACAACGACGUCAAACUGGACUUCAAGGAUGUCCUGUUGAGGCCCAAACGCAGUACCCUUAAGUCUCGAAGUGAGGUGGAUCUCACAAGAUCCUUUUCAUUUCGGAACUCAAAGCAGAUGUACACUGGGAUCCCCAUCAUUGCAGCCAAUAUGGAUACUGUAGGCACCUUUGAGAUAGCCAAGGUUCUCUGUAAGUUCUCCCUCUUCACUGCUGUCCAUAAGCACUACAGCCUCGAGCAGUGGAAAGAGUUUGCUAGCCAGAAUCCUGACUGUCUUGAGCAUCUGGCUGCCAGCUCAGGCACAGGCUCUGCUGACUUUGAGCAGCUGGGACAGAUCCUGGACGCUAUUCCCCAGGUGAAAUAUAUAUGUGUGGACGUGGCCAAUGGCUACUCUGAACACUUUGUUGAAUUUGUAAAGGAUGUGAGGAAGCGCUUCCCUGAACACACCAUCAUGGCAGGGAAUGUGGUAACAGGAGAGAUGGUGGAAGAGCUGAUUCUCUCUGGGGCUGACAUCAUCAAAGUGGGAAUUGGACCAGGCUCUGUGUGUACCACCCGGAAGAAGACCGGAGUUGGGUAUCCACAGCUGAGCGCAGUGAUGGAGUGCGCAGAUGCUGCCCAUGGCCUCAAAGGCCACAUCAUUUCCGAUGGAGGCUGCAACUGUCCCGGGGAUGUGGCCAAGGCUUUCGGGGCAGGGGCUGACUUCGUGAUGCUGGGCGGCAUGCUGGCUGGGCACAGCGAGUCAGGUGGUGAGCUCAUCGAGAGGGAUGGCAAGAAGUACAAGCUCUUCUAUGGCAUGAGUUCUGAAAUGGCCAUGAAGAAGUAUGCCGGGGGCGUGGCUGAGUACAGGGCCUCAGAGGGAAAGACAGUGGAGAUGCCCUUUAAAGGGGAUGUGGAACAUACUAUCCGAGACAUUCUUGGAGGCAUCCGCUCCACCUGUACCUACGUGGGAGCAGCUAAGCUGAAGGAGCUGAGCCGGAGAACUACCUUCAUCCGUGUCACCCAGCAGGUGAAUCCGAUCUUCAGUGACAAGAGCUAGACCUGAGCAGUUCUGCCCUCCCAGGGCGCCAGCACCCACCACAGGGCUCCCCAGUGGGCCCCUCUCCCAUCCCAGCUACUAGGGCUAUUACUUGGUCAUUUCCUAUCCUCUCUCUGCUAAGGGCUCCUGCAGUAUUCUGUACUUUAUCUGCACAUGCAAAAUGCCCAGGGCACCCACUGGGGAGGAAGCAAGGAAGGCAGGCUGAGAAAAUAAAGUUAAGAUAAUCAAAUGGGAAUCUGGGGACCCAGAAUCCUGAAGAUUAUUAAAAGGAAAAGAUGCUGAUUCAUACAUAAGUGUUUUAUAUGGCCUUGGUCUGGAAGAGGUGGGCUUUUAGAAUCAUGUUUUGUUAAUCAGAUUCAUUAAAUAGAUCUUUGAAUAUCUACAAAGCUCAGAAGUGUUUAUGUAUUUUAAAUACCUCAAUAAAGAGAGAUCCCAAUGACU